AUGAGCAUGGCUCCUAAUGCUAUUACCCUGACCGGAUUCAUGUUCGUGGUCAUCAAUUUCAUUACGGUGAUGUGGUAUAAUCCUAAUUUGGACACGGAUUGUCCGCCUUGGGUUUAUGCUAGUUGCGCGAUUGGUUUGUUUUUAUACCAGACUUUUGACGCUGUGGAUGGCAUGCAAGCGCGGAGGACAAAACAGAGUGGUCCUUUGGGUGAACUCUUUGAUCACAGUGUUGAUGCAUGCAAUACCGGAUUGGGUGUACUUAUCUUUGCAGCUGCAAUGAACCUCGGACAAUCCUGGUCUACGAUUCUAGGUCUUUUCGGAUCGACAAUGACCUUCUACGUACAAACAUGGGAUGAAUACUACACCCAGGUCCUGACUCUGGGAGUCGUUUCUGGUCCCGUCGAAGGUGUCCUCACUCUAUGCCUCGUCUACGCAUUCACAGCCUACGUAGGCGGGGGUAGCUUCUGGCACCGUCCAAUGCUCGAGACAUUCGGCGUAUCCAAACCAAGCUUCCUCUCACAGAAGAUCUACGAAAUGCCCUUCACACAAUGUUACCUUGUGUACGGUGCAAUUAUGCUCAUCUUCGCCACUGGCUCUAGUAUCUGGCACGUUAUGCAAGUGCGCCGUCAGCGUGGCCAGGAUCCCCUCGCGCCGCUGUAUGGAUUGUUGCCAUUGGCUUUGAUCUGGACUCUUGUCCCGGCAUAUCUGUACUUGAACCCGGCUGUGCUGGGGAAUUACACAAUUCCUUUUGGUAUAUAUGUUGGGUUGAUCAAUGCUUAUUCUGUGGGCCGUAUGAUUGUUGGACAUCUCGUGCAGUCGGGCUUUCCGUAUCAGAAUAUCUUGCUUUACCCGCUUGCGCUUGGUGUUCUGGAUAGUGCUGGCUCGGCGGUUGGUCUUUGGUCCACACCUCUGGUGGGUCAGACGCAGUUUGUAUUUGGGUGUUUGGGUCUUGCGGUUGGUAUCUAUGGUAGCUUUGUGUUCGACGUGAUCACUACCAUCUGUGACUACAUCGAUAUCUGGUGUUUGACCAUCAAGUACCCCUUCGUCGAGGAGACGGAGCGCAAGGUCGGGUCGACAACCAAGGCGCAGGUGGAGGGUGCGUCGAAGAAGAUGAACUAA